CCUCUCUACUUGAAUAAUAUUUGCAGCUGCUGGAGGGAUAAUAACUGGAGUGAGGAUUGUAUGUUAAAAGUUUGUUGUGUGUAUGUAUGUGUGUUUUGAGACACAGCGCUGCUGUGAAGCGAGUGGGAGUCCUGAUUUGCGGUUCCGUGAUUCCGCGAGGAACACGGCCAGAGACGGACAAAGCGCCUGGACUGUUUGUAAAAUUUGUAAAGGCCAUGAUAUAUAUGUAAGUUGGGUUGGGCUGCCGUAGUGUUUAGUCAAUCUCUUAAGUAUCGGGGAAGGUGUGUGGCUGAUCAAAGUGGUAGGACAGAGAGUCACUCCUUUGGUGGUUUAGGGCUCGAACUUUGGGAAAUUAAAACAAAGCACAAUAGCUAACAAGAAAAGACCUAGAAAAUAAGGAUAAAGAAACAGAGAGAUGGGUAACUCUCAGAACAAGGAUAUCUUAAGUAAAAGCCCCCUCGGUUGCAUAUUGACACGCUGGAGGGAUAUUGUUGGAACUGGGGGUACAGAGAAUAAGAAGACCCUCAUUAAAUAUUGCAAUCAAUGGUGGCCGCUUUAUAAGCUGGAAGAUGGAGCCAGGUGGCCACUUAAUGGAACAAUUGAUUACAACACUAUGUUGCAAUUAAUGCUGUUUUUGAGGAGAGAAGGAAAAUGGGAUGAAGUGUCAUAUGCAGAUAUGUUUUUCACCCUCCGAAACCAUCCGGAGUGGCAAAGGGACUGUGGAAUGGUGCCGCCACAGGACCCUAUGGUACUUGCCCUAGAGCGGGAAAAUAACAAAGGACUUAAAGGUAAACUGAGGCGGUGUUGCUCGGCAUGUAGUAUUGGGCAAAGAUGUACUAGGAAAAAUAAAAUACACCUGGCAUCAGAACAAGAUUUAACUGAUUUGUUUAAGCCUCCCCCUCGACCACAGGAACAGGAUGUGGACUCGGAAGGAGCCUCCACUCCCCCGGGAAGCCCUGUAUCCUCCCGUAUCAGGAAAAAGUCUGCCCCAACAGUCUUACAAGCACCUCUCCGAGAAGCAGUAGGGCCUGACGGUGGGACGAUGUUAAUUAAGGUACCUUUCUCCACCACUGAUUUGGAAGCAUGGAAAAGGGUUGCUAAGGAUUACAGGAAUGAUCCGGUAAAUGUAACUAAACAUUUCCAGUUUAUUAUAAAACAACACAACCCCGACUGGAAUGACAUACAAUUAUUAUUAGAAUAUAUGACUGAAACGGAAAAGCAAUUAAUUUUAAAAACUGCAGGGAAUUUGGCUGAGGAUCAUUAUAAAAUUACGGGAGGAGAUGUUAAAGAAUAUCUCCCCCUUCAAGAUCCAAAAUGGGAUGCAAACAGAUCCACGCAUAUGGAAAGACUGAAGGCAUACCAGGGAUGGAUUUUAAAAGGAGUGGAGAGGGCCAUUCCCAAAACUAUAAACUGGUCGGCAUUAUAUGCAAUCAAACAAGGUCCUUCCGAGUCACCAUCCGAAUUCUUGGAUCGACUAAGGGACGUAAUGCGCCGCAACACACCGCUGGAUCCUGGGUCAGAGUCUCUUACAGAAAAGACCCUGGAACCACAAUGGGAAGGACCGUUCCAGGUACUCCUCACAUCCUUCACAGCAAUAAAGAUUAAGGAACAGAAUGCCUGGAUUCACCACUCCCGUGUGAAGAAGGCACCUAAAUCUCCAUGGAGAGUCACGCAAGUACAGCAAGGAAAGCUUACCUUGUCACGACGCUGAUUGUAAGCCUAAUAGGGGAACUUGAGGCAUGGGAGAAUAAUGCCUUUUUGCAGCUACAUGACAAAAUUGCUAAUGCCAUGAACUGGUCUGAUUGCUGGA